CAGGUCUAUUAAUACCACGUCAGGGAACAUACCACCUCAAAUGGCAGUGACAAAAAGUGGAGAUCUAGUUUAUACUGAUGAUAUUGAUAGAACUGUGAACAUUGUGAAGAAUGGGAAGAUAGAAAAGUUGAUCAGAUUACAGAACUGUGUACGUCGCAAUGUCUGUUGCACCUCAUCUGGUGACCUCCUAGUUAUCCUUUCUAAUGAAAGAAACAGAAUCGAAGUUGUCCGUUACAUUGGUUUCAUUGAAAAACAAAGGAUUCAUAUCGAUGAUAAAGGCAUACCUCUCUUUACUCCCUCUUACUACAAAUACAUAGCUGAGAACAAGAACCUAGAUAUCUGUGUGUCUGACUGUGAGGGAAAAUCUGUAGUGGUAGUCAGCCCGGCUGGGAAACUGAGAUUCAGGUACACAGGACAUACUCCUGCUCCAAAGUAUAAACCAUUCAAUCCACGAGGAAUCACCACAGACAAUCAGAAUCACAUCCUUACAGCUGAUGAUAACAAUCACUGCGUCCACAUCAUAGACCAGGAUGGACAGUUCCUCCGUUACAUACACUGUGGACUGAGUAAUCCCUGGGGACUGUGUUCAGAUACAAAUGACAAUCUGUUUGUUGCUCAAUGUUUGAAUAAACAAGUAAAGAAAAUCAAAUAUCUGCGGUGAUAUCUAUCACUGUUUUAGAUUGCAGUAGAUUACAGUAAAUAAUAAUCAAGUUUACUAGUAGACAUAACUUUGAUUUCAUGUAAACUGUUUUUCACCCCAACCCCCACAC